AUGAGAUUUGUUCAAGCACCUGGGAAACGGAAUGUGGUCUACAAAUGUUCCAUAACCAGGGAUAAACGAGGAGUCGACAAAGGCAUUUAUCCAACGUACUAUCUACAUCUUGAAAGGGAAGAUAAAAAGAAGAUUUUCCUCUUGGCAGCACGACGUCGAAAGAAAAGCACUACUGCAAACUAUCUCAUAUCAACCGAUGCGACAGAUUUGAAAAGGGAGGGCACAGCAUUUGUCGGUAAAGUAAGGUCUAACGCCAUUGGAACAAUGUUCACACUGUACGACUGUGGUGCGAAUCCAAAGAAAUCGACAAUCACGUCUGACGUUCGACAGGAACUUGCCGCUGUCAUAUAUGACACAAAUGUGCUCGGAUUUAAAGGACCUCGAAAAAUGCAUAUAUUGAUCCCUGGUAUUUACGAUGUCAAUACCUAUGAACGCAAGUCGAUUCGUCCAGUUGCGGUGGGUAUUUACUCCAAAUAUUGA